CACUUAGCAGUGACAUAUUUUAUUCCAGGUGUUUAUUUCUCUCUUCCUCUAAAACAAAAAAGUUGUGAGUUUACACUAUGCACAGAGUAGCUCUUAUCAACGUUGUUAUCAUUUGGUGAAUGAUUAAGCAGAUUAUUAUUAAUUAAAGAGAGUUGAAAAAAGGGUUCUUUCUAUCACACUUUCUGCAUCCAAAUUCAUCAUAUUGAUUAAUUAGUGGUAUGUUUACAAGGUGGAGAUUUUUCAGUUGCUAUUAUCAGCCGAAGAAUCAUUCAACAAUCUAGUUGAUUAAGUGAACCUGAAAGAUUUAUUUAGAGAGUAGUAAAACUAAAUUAGAUUAUCAGCAAGAUGGGAUCUUUCAUAGGUCAUAUUUUGCCAGGAACCUUAUUUCUUCUAGUUGGAGUAUGGCAUAUAUGGUCCUCUGUGGUGAGGUAUGUAUCGAAUCCUAAGACAUUCCGAGUUUGUGUCUGGAAUCCAGUACCGGGAUUUGAUGGGAAGUUCAAACACUUGGAACUCUAUGUUAUUUCAAUCGGUGCUUUCAUUGACUUAUGCGUUGAGCUUUUAAUUGCAACACAACUCAAGUUUUUUGUUGGUGGAAUCUUGAAUUCUACUUACUUGAAUAACUUUGAGCACUCAGGAAUGCUUCUCAUGUUUUUUAUCUUCGGUGUUGUUACCCUGCUCUCAGAAAAGACAAGAUAUGUUCCCUUGCCAGAAGGUGCACUUUGUUUGAUUGCUGGCACAGCAUUCACUGCGGAGUAUCUUCUAUUUAACUUUCACUCAACAACACACAAAGGCCUAGAAGGCUAUUAUCAUGUCCUCCUCGCCUUCUUGAUUGGUCUUUGUGUUUUAUCUUCAAUUGCUGGAGCCCUUCUUCCAACCAGUUUCCCGGUCGAUUUAUGUAAGGGCAUUGGCAUAACACUGCAAGGAAUAUGGUUCUAUCAGACAGCCUUUGUUCUCUACGGCCCUAUGCUACCGGCCGGUUGUAGCAUGAAGGACAAUAUUAUCACAUGUCAUUCGAAGGAGAGUGAGAUUCGUGGUGAAUUGUUUGCUAAUGUUCAGCUCUUUUUCGCAGUCCUUGCCGUUCAUGUAGGAACUAUAGCAUCCUUUGGGUUUGCAGCUUCAAGAUAUGGGAAUUUUGAAGAACUCGCUCCUAAUUAAUCUAGAUUAUGAUUUUAUGUUUCCAAUUUUCUCGGUGAAUGUAAUGUUGGAGUAAACAAUUGCUGCAUUUGUGUGGUGAAAUGGUGUUUAGAAGGUCAAAUGUAAAGUUGAUUUGUAAAUUAUUCAUUUAUUUGGCUUACAGUUACAAUGUAAAUUAAAAUAAUAUGAGGGAGUGUCUUGGAUUAUACUUG